AUGACGAGCCGACUCCCGAAACUGGUGGCCCUUGACUUGGAUUACACACUAUGGGACUUAUGGAUCGACACCCAUGUUACCCCACCUCUGCACCGUGAAGGAAACACGUUGAACUCCAUACGCGAUAGACACAACACUGAGAUCGCGCUCUAUCGCGACAUUCCUGAGAUCUUGCAUCGUCUUCGCGCGUCUGGAGUGAUUAUUGCAGCGUGUUCUCGCACGGCGGCUCCUCGUCUUGCUCGCAAUGCGCUCGACCUGCUCCUGAUCCAUCCAAAUGCCGGGGAGAAAGAUACAUAUCCAAAGCGUGCGAUCGAGUUCUUUGAUCAGUUAGAGAUAUAUCCGGGAUCGAAGAUUGCCCACUUCAAGGCCCUCCAUAAGAAGACAGGCCUACCGUUUACAGAAAUGUUGUUCUUUGACGAUGAGCACCGGAAUAAAGAGGUGGAAUCCCUAGGCGUUACCUUCUGCCUUGCACCUGACGGCCUGGACGAUCGCACGUUCGAACGUGGCCUCCACGAAUGGCGUAAACGACAUCCCCACGAAGUGGUUGAUGAUGCCAGCGCGAGCGCGCAGACCAGCUAA